AUGCCGUCUGAACGUCCUCGCUCACCAUCGGCUUCUUCACCGAUUCCCAAGAUCAACGUCAACGGUAGUCAAGUCAAUUUGAGUACUACAACUUCCAAUAAUAACAAUGAUUUGCUAAAUAUUUCCAAUUCACGUAUAAAUGGAUCCACUCGAGAUAAAAGUCCUUCAAGAGAUAGAAGUCCUUCUCGAAACAAGAGCCCAAAUAAUAAGCGUGGGAAAAGUCCAUCCUUUAAUAGUAGACCUAAAAGUCCAUCCUCCCCUUCUUUGGAUACCCCUAAAAAUUCAAAUUCCAAUAGAUCUAGAAACAAUUUUGAUGAUCUACAACAAUGGCUCGCAUCCUCACCAACUGGAAAUAAAAUUAGUAAUCGUUUAAGUCUUCCUACAGAUCCUUCUGAAUUAAACAGUGUAAUAAGAGAAAGUAAUGAACGUUGGGCGAAACUUAAUCUUAUUAGUAGUGAUAAUAAGGAUGGUGAAAAAGGAAGUAUGGGAAAUUUUCAUAAACCUCUCCGAAUUGCACCAAUCUCUCAAUUAUACGGGAGUAAAUCUAUGCAAAGAAAUCCAUCAGAUCAACCCACGGGAAGAUCAAAUGAUUCUUCCCCUUUGAUUCAUGGUGGAUUUACUUUAGCUAGAUCCCGAAGUUUUAAUUCGGCUAUUGAAAGUAAUAAUAAUCGUGUUAGUACGAAAUUUUCGAAAGAAGUACAUCCUCUUCAACAUUCUUGGACUAUGUAUUAUGACAGUAAACCAGCUAUGACCCCAGGUCCUAAAACACCAACCGGAAAAACCUACGAAGAAAAUUUACAAACGAUUGGUUCAUUUAAAUCGGUCCAGACGUUCUGUCGUUACUUUAAUUGGGUUAAAAAACCUAGUCAAUUGGAUUCGAAUACAAAUUUUCAUAUAUUUAAAGACAAAAUUAAGCCCAUGUGGGAAGAUCCGGCAAAUGCUAAUGUAAACUUCACAGUAAAUUCUCAAUUUCAAGUACUUGAUCGAAGUUGGGAAUGGCUCGUGUAUGCAUUGGUCGGAGAAGAAUUAGAUGAAAAUGAUGAUAUUUGCGGGGCUGUAAUGUCUCGUAGACCUCGAGGAGAUCGCAUUGCAGUAUGGGUGAGAGACAAAGACAAUGUUCCUGUGAUUAAUGGAAUUGGGAAACGUUUGUUAAAAAUCCUUGAUUUACAAAACGAAAAUAUCGGAAUGGAUUUUCAGUUUAACGAAGAUGCCCUUAAAUCAGGAACAUCUUAUAACAAUCGAACGUAUUUAUCUCUUGAAAGUUUAAAACAAGAAUUGGAAAAUGCCGAAAAAGAAAGAUUAGAAUUAUCUAAAAAAGAAGAACAACAACAAAAUCAGCAGGAAAUGAAAGAUAACGAUAAUAAAGAAAAUUCAGUAACAAUUAGAAUCACUUACUUAACGCAACAUACUUCCAAUAAAUUAUUAUCUUCUCAAAAAAUCAUAAAUCAAAGAACUCUUCCAACCGUUGAAAAAGUUAAAGAAUGGGAGCAAGAUGAUAUUAUUAAUUUCUUACAAGAAAAAAGAGAAGAAUUAAAUCUUGAAAAAGAAGACAUUAAAAUCAUCGGGAGAAAUAGGGUUUCAGGUGAUGAUUUUCUCAAAUUAAGUUUAGAAGAUCCUAAACUAUAUGGUAUACCAUUUGGUUCAUCAAAAAGAAUUAUUGGAUUAAUCAAGAAAAUUAAAGAUCAACAACGAGUUAGUAGUUUAAGUUAUGGGCAGAAACAAUUGGAAGAAUUGAAUAUAUCACAGGAUCAAUUAAAACCUUCUCAUGUUGGAACUAGUGAAAUCAAAAGACCCGUUUACAUAUUUGUUGACAAUUCAAAUUUUUUUAUACAAGGAAGGGACACUAUUAGUAAUCAUGAAAAUUUGGAUUUUAAAAAUAAUCAUAUAAUUUUUGAUUAUUCUCAACUUCUCAAAUUGGUUAAAGGUAAAUGUGAAUUAGGUAAUACACCAAUCAUUGUAGGUUCCUAUCCUCCACCAUAUAAUUCAUUAUGGAAAAAUCUUGAAAAAAGUGGUUACGAAAUUAAAGUAUUUGAUCGAAAAACCAGAGUCAAUAUCUUUCUCACACUUAAAAUGUCCCAAGUUUUCUAUAGAGAAAGUCAUCCAGGUAUAUUGAUUCUAAUUGCAGGUGAUGGAAAUUAUUAUGAUAUAUUAUUGGAAGCUAUCAAAUUUAAGUGGAAAGUUGAAGUAUGGUUCUGGAAAUCAGGGAUAUCAAGUGAUUAUGUAAAUGAUAAUAAGAUAAAUUAUACACCACUUGAAACUUGUUAUAAAUUCUUUUCAUAUGGAUGUGGACCACCUGAUCACAGCAAAAAAAUGGAAUCCCUUAGGAUUAUUAGUGAUAAAAUAAUUCAAAAUCAAGAGAUAAUAGAAGGACUUGCUGCUUUGGAUUUAUUCUGUUGGUUAAACCGAGAAAAAGAAAUCAUUUCCUUAUAUUUUAAUAAUAAAAUUAAGUUGAAUAAGGCAAGGAAAUGGAUAGAAAAUGAAUAUAAGGAUAUAGUUAUUUGCGAAAAGAAGAUCGAUUCAGUUUAA